AUGUUUAUGUAAACUGCAAGAACCAAUUACGGAUACUAUGACAGGCCUUUUAAGUUUGGAAGGAGGAAUUCGAAUAACACUUAACAGAAAUCAUCAAACCAAGAUGAGAAGGAAAUUCUGUGUGGCUCAGUUUUCAAAAACUUGCCAAGUGGAAGAUUUGAUGCUACUGGUGGUAGGACAUUUCAGAAUUUUAGAAGAAAUAACAUAUAUCAAGACGAGAUUCACAGUGAAUCCUAGCAUGAGUAAACUUUGAGUCAUUAAGAAUCUAGCAAAUCUAACAAUAAUAACACUAUUGAAUAUCGGUUAUCUCAGGGAUCAAAGUAGUCGAAAUAGCAGAGUGUUCACAUUAUCAAUUAAGUACUUGAGACUUUGGAAUCAAGAUUUAAUGAAGAUCUUGAUACAGUGAACAAUGGUUCAAGUUAGAGAAUUUAAGAUCUCAAUAAGCAAGGAGGAAAACGAAGUUUACUUAUUAACUCACCGAGUAAAAAAUCAAUUGAUGCAUAUAGAACAAAAAUAAGUAUGAGUCCUGAAAAGUCUGGCUAAAAGUAUCUCCACAGUGAGCUGUAUGAUUUUUCAUAAAACUUAGAAAGUAAUCCCAUGUAUUCUUCAAAAAAUAUACUAAGAGUAAAUGAGUAGCAGAAUUUGCAUUAAAUAUAUUUGGCUGCAAAAGCAGCUAAAAAGAAGGAGGCUCAGGAUAACUAUCAUAAGUAGGUUCUUGACGAAAGUAUUUUAUAAAGAAGUAACUUACUAAUGACCAGAAACAUAGAUCAAUCAAGAAUCAAGAGUGUUGUAGUUCAGAGACUAUCAAAAGAAGAUAUUCUAAGAUUGAUUAAAGAGAAAAUUAGCUAGACUAAGGUAUAACUAUAAGGAACUGAUGGCUUCUAAUAAUAUCACAAAAGCAUUAGUAAAUGCAUGAAAAUAUCAAAGUUUGAUUCGGCAGGAUGCCUCAACAAUCUAAGAAUAGAAAAGAAUAGUUAACAAUAAAAAGAUAGGACUAAUUCUCAUAGUGUAAAUAGAUAGGACAUGUCAAAAGUUCAAAUAGAAUUGCCUAAGUUAAUCUAAGCUUCUAAAAAUAAAAUCUCCCUUUUCAACAGUUAAAAAAAAUUAAUGAAUGGAUAGCAGAGAAUAGCACAUCUCAAAAGUCUCCUCAAUGAUACUUUUGAUUCUUAAGGAAGUGGAUGUCGAAUUAGGAGUGAAAGUAAGCUUAGAGAUUUUAAAAGGCAAAUUGAUGAUGAAUAUGAUUUCUAAAAGGCAAUUAGAAAUACGAACUUUGAAAAAUUUAAUGUUUCAAAAAAAGAUUUCUCUGCCUCAAAGUCAAAAAUGAUGAAAACUGAUUAUUAGCCUCUACUGGCUGAGAGCCAAAUCCUUAGAAGAAAUAACAAAAGUAAAUCUACUUUCUAAACACUAAUUAUUCAGUAACUUCUAAAUGAGGAACAGAAACUUUUCAAUCCGAUAAGUGUAAACCUUCUUACUGAAACAGAUAGCUAUAGAACAUAGACUACAUCAUUGAAGGACUCUAAUGGCUCUAAUUUAUUUUCGAAUUAAAAUAAGCCUUUUGGAGGAAGUGCUAGAAAGAACCAAUCAAUAACCUAGAAAAUGAAUUUCUAAGACUAUAUGACUUAAAUACUAGUUGAAGAGAGACUUAAUGAUUAAACAUUCUAGCGCACUGAUAAAAUCACUGAUAAGCAUUUCAAAAAAGCAAGCAGGGAUCUACAUAGAAUACUUAUGGACUAAUUUAUUUAUCCCACUUAGAAUACAUCUCUGAUGUGA